CUGGAGGGGGGGAGUCGGUUUGGGGACGCCGGGCCCCAUCUUCUCAGCUGCGGCUGACUGGAGCUGCAGUCCGGCCCUUCUGGAGCCAUGGGAGAUACACUGUUUCAGUUAAAGUUUACAGCCAAGCAGCUGGAGAAGCUUGCCAAGAAGGCAGAAAAGGACUCCAAAACAGAACAAGCCAAAGUCAAGAAGGCUCUUCAGCAGAAGAAUGUGGAAUGUGCUCGGGUCUAUGCAGAGAACGCCAUCCGGAAGAAGAACGAAGGCUUGAACUGGCUGCGCAUGGCUUCCCGUGUAGAUGCCGUUGCUUCCAAGGUCCAGACAGCUGUGACCAUGAAGGGAGUAACCAAGAAUAUGGCCCAGGUGACCAAGGCCUUGGACAAAGCCCUCGGCUCCAUGGAUCUUCAGAAGGUUUCGGCUGUGAUGGACAAGUUUGAACAGCAGGUCCAGAAUUUGGAUGUCCACACUUCAGUGAUGGAGGACUCCAUGAGCUCAGCCACGACCUUGACGACGCCCCAGGAGCAAGUGGACAGUCUGAUAGUGCAGAUUGCCGAGGAGAAUGGCCUGGAGGUCAUGGACCAGCUGAACCAGCUGCCUGAAGGGGCCUCGGCCAUGGGAGAGAGCUCGACACGUUCGCAAGAGGAUCAGCUGUCACGGAGGUUGGCUGCCUUGCGGAAUUAAUUCUCCCGCCCCCUCGCAGACAGUGGCUCCUGCCUUGUUCUCCUAUGAUUUCUGGGGUUUCUGCCUGGAGCCCUCUGGCCUUCCUAUUCAAGGGCCAGGGAGAAGACUGCCUUGUCCACCCCUGCAGGUCUGCUGUGCCCAGCAUGGACCACUUCCACAUCCAGCAACGAUAGCUCCUGUCUAAAGAAGCUGUGAUGACCGCAAGACUCUGUGUGGGCGUGCCUGGUCCUUGGCAAAGGGCUCUCUGGAAUGGAUGCCCUGCCUCCCCCAACUGCUGCUCCUUCCAGCCUGCACUUCCCACUCUCCUCCUCCACCUCCUCCGGCCUGAUGACAGGAAGCUGAGCACGCAGUGCUUGCCACGGUGGAAGCAUGGCCGUUGGGGGAGUGAGCACUCCUAAGAGGGCCAGGAACAAGGCUGGUGCUGCAUGCGUAGAUUCUGGUGUGCUGACAGCUCCUCCUGAUGCCGAUUGCUGCCCCGUUCCCUCUUCCUUGUUACGUGUAUGUGUGGAACAGGCCGCUUGGAAGUUGGGAAGACGCUGCCAGGAAGAUGGAGAUGCCCCUUUUUCUGGCAGCUCUGGAACCUGCCUUGAAUUUACAGACCACAAAGUGACCUUUGAAAACAGUGGCCCUGCUGCCCCUCAGCCUUCAUGCAUGCGCCCCACCCUCCCUUCCCCACAGCGUGUCACGUAGGGGUGAGGGGAAUGUCUACCUGGGUCUGGAGUGGCCCUUUCCUCCAAACAUCCCAGCUUCAGAAGACCCUCCUGUGCAGAGAAGGGCCCUUUGCCUAACGGUGGUGCUGGAGCUCCCCCCAUUACUACGAGUUACAAGCAUCGGGACAUCCUUGUAUAAACAAAGAGUGUGUGUGUGUGUAAAUGAGAGCCAAGGCCAUCUCCCCUCCUCCCUUGAGAAUUCUGUUUUCCUGUAAAAACCAAGCUUGGGGUGGCAAGCAAGUAUUUCCCCUCUACUGGUGGCAUUAAGUGUGUAUUUUUCCUUUCCCUCCUCCAUCAUUGAAGGCGGAGGCCUUAAGCUGCCCUGCUCCUCUGGGCUGGGGAGGGCAAGAGAUUAUAAUUGUCUUCCCUGGAACGUUUAUUUUUUACAGAGCAGUGAAUUCUCCAACACUAGGAAAAAUUGUCUUUGCCUUUUUCUUUUUGUAAAUGAAAAGUGAAUGUUGUCAGUUGUUUUAAUGCUGGUUUAAAUAAACAAACUCUCUGGGAGGCAGGAGCCGCACUGAGAUUUGCAAAGCUG